AUGAUUGGUCUGUUUUAUUUUUCUUUGUCCCAAAGAUGGAGAAGAAUCCUCACAACUUCACGUUUUCUGCUCAAAACUGCGCAAGGAGGUAUCGAUAGCACUGGGAGCAAUUUGAUCCCUCACAAACUUCAAUUCGGUUGCUGUUUCCGUUUACAGCCAAAAGCAAAACCUUCCAAUCACUCUAGGGGCAUGGCAACUCCAUUCCCUACCGACGACCAAAUCAACAUGGACCACAACCUGAAUUCGAAUCCCACUGCCCUCUUGAUCGCACAAUUUGCCAACAACGCUCCUACAAUAUCCAUAACCGCCUGUCAAGCUCUGGUUGCCGGAAUAGUCGACGAAAACACGAAGGCGGAGGCUGAAUCGUCAAGCUGCGUGUUGACCCACGCAAGUUUUUGCAUAGAUUCUUCUCCCAGCCUGCCCGGGUUCUUGAUAUGAUGCGCUCCCUUAUGGUCUUCUUACCCGGCUUAGCUGCUGCAGAAUACUUUGUUCCCGGCACGGCUUCCGUGUCAUCAGAUCUCGAUUUCUAUUGUCGGAAGGAGUUAUUACAAUUGGUCAUGUUCUCCUUUGAAUCGGUCGGGGUUCAAUGGAUCGCAGAGCUGGACGUCGAC